GAAGAUAAAUUGAGUAGGAGUGAGUAACUCUCUCAAAACAAAGGUAAUAUACUAAUAUUAUUAGGGAAGUUGUUUGAGUUGCGAGAAUUUAAGAAUCCAAACAGUAUUAGAAUAUGAUAGUAGAAGAUAAAAGAAAUGAUGAGAGAAUUGAAUUAUACGAUGGCAUAUCAUAAGGGGGUAGUAACGGUUACUAUCAUAAGAGGAGGAAUUAAGGCGGGUUUAACGGCUUAUAAUGUGAUUAAGGAUAGAUUAUGAAAGGAAAAUGAAGGUUUUGAAGGGGAAAGAAAAGGAUUUUAAGGAAUUAUUUGGUGCCACCGAUUAAUUAUAAUUCCUUAAAAGCAUGGACUUCUCCUUAGCUACCCCCGUUUGUACCCAACUAUAUUAAGCCCCCUCUUCCACAUUACAUAUUUGAUAUUUCAUACAUUAUUUAUUUUCUCCAAGUUAUAUACAAUGAUGUUAGGAAUGGAAGACCUUAGCUUCAUUUCUCAGCCUCAACCUGACCCUAUUGUCUUGGAGCUUAACCACUUGCAAAAUCAGCUUAAAGAGAAAGAUAAUGAUUUAUGUGCUGCACAAAAUGAGAUCAAGGCCCUGCGAGCAACUCAAGCACAGAAGGAAAAGGCUCUAGAUGAGCUCAAAACAAAUUAUGACAAGUUGGAUGAGAAACUGAGAGUAACCGAGAAUGCCCUGCAACAAAAGAAUCUAGAGAUGAAGAAACUAGCUGAUGAGAAAAAGGACGCUUUGGCUGCACAGUUUGCAGCCGAAGCAGCCCUUAGGAGGUUACACACAAACCAAAAGGAUGAUGAUUAUAUACCAAUUGAUUCGAUCUUAGCUCCUCUUGAAGCUGACAUCAAAAUGUACAAAAAUGAGAUUGCCUCUUUACUGGAGGAUAAGAAAGCUAUGGAGCGUCUCACAAAGUCAAAAGAAACAGCUCUUCUCGAGACCGAGAAAAUCUUGAGGAGUGCCCUCGAAAGGGCUUUGAUAGUUGAGGAUGUACAAAACCAAAACCUUGAGUUAAGGAGACAGAUAGAAAUCUGCCUGGAGGAGAACAAAAUACUUGAAAAGACCAACCGUCAGAAAGUUGUAGAGGUUGAAAAGCUUAGCCAGACCAUUCAGGAACUUGAGGAGGCUGUUUUGGCAGGUGGAGCUACUGCUAAUGUUGUUAGAGAAUAUAAACGCAAAAUCUCUGAGCUGAAUGAAGAGAAGAGAACUCUCGAGAGGGAACUUUCACGGGCUAGGGUGUCAGCAAACAGGGUGGCAACUGUUGUUGCUAAUGAAUGGAAAGACGAAAAUGAUAAGGUAAUGCCGGUGAAGCAAUGGCUGGAAGAGCGUAGGGUCCUGCAGGCUGAGAUGCAGCGUUUAAAAGACAAACUAACUGUGACCGAAAGAACUGCAAAGGCAGAAGCACAGCUGAAGGAAAAAUUCAAGCUGAGGCUGAAGACUCUGGAAGAAGGCCUAAAGCAAGCUACAAGCAAUGAGAGCACACCAAAAAACUCAAAUUCUAAUCGAAUCCUGGGGUUUGUAUCAAACAAUACUGGACCGAGGAAGAGAUCUUCAUCACAGCCAAGAGGUUCUGUGAUCAACAGCAGGAGCUCUCCCCUUCACCAACCUUGGUUGGAGAAAGUAAAUAGUUUGGAGAACCAUAAUUCAAAAGAAAAUAUAGCCAAGAGAAGCUUAUGGGGAACCAAGACUACCAAUACAGACCGUUUUGGAAAGGAAAACUCAGAAUCAAUAGCAAAUACUGUCGUGAAUACUGAUUUGUCAAAGGAUAGUAAUUCUGCAGUUCAAGGGGUAAUGGAAAGCAAAGAAAUAGGGAGUGAAGAUGCGGUUUCAGGGUUUUUAUAUGAUAGGCUUCAAAAAGAAGUUAUCAAUUUACGGAAGACUUGUCAAGCAAAAGAUGAUGGCUUAAAUUCCAAAGAUGAAGAAAUCAAGAUUCUCAUGAAGAAGGUUGAUACACUGACCAAAGCCAUAGAAGUGGAGGCAAGAAAAGCAAAGAAAGAAACAUCAGCCGGACAAAAGGCAAUUAUACCAGCUGCAAAGGAUGAAAACAAGAAAAAUUGGAGCAAAGCUUUCCUUAAACGGGUCACAAAAUCUUAAUCAGGAUUGAAUCAGUUUAGAAACUCUUUGAGCUCAAGAAGUUUAAGGGAUGGGGAUUCUCCUGUGCUUUUUUUUUUUUCCUCGGUGUGUACAUGUUUUGUGAAGAAUGUUAUUGAGUUGCAACUCACAACAGCUAGCCUCACAUGUUAAUUUUGUAUAGAUUGAUAGCUGAGAAGCAACUCAAACAAUAUGAUUUUGUGAAUUUUGAUUUUAUGAACGUUAGCAUAUCAGAAAUACAAGUACAUGUUACUUUA